AUGGCAAAGCAAAAGCACAUUCUCAUCACAGUUCUCUUGGUCAUCAUAGUCAAUGCAUCCGCCUACAGAACCAUCAUCACCACUGUGGAGAUUGACGAACCCAAGCCCCGAACCAGAACCCAGAGUUGCCGCCAGGAGGUUGAAGAGAAGGACUUAAGCUCCUGUGUGGACUAUAUAGGACAGUCGAGGAAAUCACCAGUCCUGGCGCUGCAAGGAGUAGAAAACCAGCAGGAACAGGUCCCUAGGCAAUGCUGCAGCCAAGUAAAGCAGUUGCGAGAUGAUUGCCAGUGUGAGGGAAUAACGUCUGUUUUGAAGCAGCAGCUGGAGAGGGAAGAGGUAGGAAGAGAAGAAUAUAAGCAAGCGGUGCAAAGGGCAAACAAUAUAGCCUCUUCCUGUGGCUUGAGCCAGCGCUGCCAAAUCCAAGAACCUUGGUACUAA